AGACACACACAGGUGUACGAUAAUACACGAUUCACGCAUCGCAGGGGUACACAAAGGGGACAUUAAACGUCUACUGUUAAGUCAGCGUGAGAAAGAGGAGGAUUUUGCACCUCCACAGUCAUCGGGAGCGCUUCUUUUUUUUACACUACAGCCAUGUGAUGGCAUAUGAGUGGAGUGUAAUGUAACAAUCCCCACCGACGCCUGUGCCGCGCGCGUUUGACACUCAGUGAGAUGACACGGACGGCGGAGCGUGUCGCCGAUAACAAAUGAACUGAGGAACGAUGUCGGACCAGGGUUAUGGCUUGACUCUAUCAGCUGCCCCGCAGCUUCGCAGGGGCAGCACCCCCCUGCCAAUCAAGCAUCAGUUAAAACGGGAAGAGGCAGUGUCCGAGGACUAUGAUUGGACGCCGGGGCUCGACGAGACUGCCACUCCGCAGAUCAGCAUAAGCAACGCCCUAGAUUCUCCCCCACCGAAACCACCACAGCAGAAGUACCACGGGCCCCUUCGGAUAGUACUGCUGGGGCAGAAUGGAGUGGGCAAAUCAUCUCUAGCACUUUGUCUUGCUGGACUGUCCGACAGAUCACUCUCUCUAGACUCAGAAACCCAAGCAGCCGAUGAGGGUUACCUGAGACGAGUGACCGUGGACGACGAGGACAGCACAAUUUUAGUGUAUGACAACUGGAAGCAGGACCUGUCCACCCUGCAAUGCGAGGUGUGCAUCCUGGUGUUCUCAUUGACGGACAGGCGGACUUUCCACAGGAUCGCCCAGCUACGUCUUCUGUUGAGGGAGACGCUGCCCCACACCCCCAUCAUCCUGGUGGGGAACAAGAGCGACCUUGUGCGGUCCCGUGACAUCAGCACAGAAGAGGCACAUUCUAGUGCAAUGAUGUUUGGCUGCCUGUAUCUAGAACUCUCUGUCUCUUUGGACCACCACACUAAUGACCUGCUGGAGGCAGCUGUGAGAGCGGCCCGGGGCCACAGUAUGGGGCUCGGCUGGACGGAGGGGUCACCCACGGCGGCACGUAGGGAGAGUCUGACCACCAGGGCCAAGCGCUUCCUGUCAGGGCUGGUUCCACGCUCCCAUCUCGGCCGAGAAAGAGAUUCUCCCAGAGACAGAGACCUCAGCCGACACAGAGGAAGUAGAAUGCUCAGGCAGAAAUCACGUUCCUGUCAUGACCUCAGCGCUCUGAUGUAACCGAAAACAUCUGCGAGAGUAACAGCGGUUGAGAGAGAGGAAAUAAGAGUUUGAAAAAGAGUGAUAAAGGAGGGGAGCGAUAUGGGAAAAGGGAAGCUGAGGGAAGAUUAAACGGAACUGCAUGUUUGAUUGACAGGUGAGGAGAUAAGAGACCGUGUUAACGGACCACUUCACCAUGAGAUGAUCCUUUAGUGAUAUAACCUAAACUAGUAUGUGUGAAAUUAGUUCUUUAUCUCUCAGCCAUCGGACGUGACAGUGGUGCAGAGAUACCUAGCAGUGUAAAAACAAUCCUUUACAACACAAACUUUAAGGUUUAAACAGACGGACACACAAAUAUAACAAUGAUCCUCAGUAUAAUGAGAAUGCUUAGACACGCUGGCUGUGACAGGCUGUUAGACAUGAAAAAGUAGCUCCUGUAGUUCCCUGUUGGGAAGCAUGCUGACACAGCAAACAUACAGAACGGUAGGCCUAAUGAAAGUUCUGUAGUUAAAACACAGGCACAGAAUAAGAUAAUGUAGUUAUUGCAUGUUUUCUUAUUUUUUUAGAUCGUCUCACCUCAUUCUUCAAAAUCGUUAACGGUAUAACCUAAUACUGUCUCCAAAACAAAUGUGGUGUUCUCAACAUUCAUGUUUUUUCUUUCAGUCCCUGCUAAAAACAGAAUUUGAAUCCACAAAAUGAUCAGAGCAAGAGAUGUGGAAAGCUACGCUACAUUGUGUGUUGCCUUCUUAUUCGAUUUAAAGAGGCAUUACAGUUAUAGGCUGGUUUAGGUUCAAGAUGCAAUCCUUAACUUUGUUUUGGGGUAAAAAAUAAAAAAAAUCAUAUUGAACAAGUACAUCAAAAAUCUGUGCAUUCUUCCUUAGCAUUUUUGUCUUGAUUUACUGUGCAAAUAUCUAAAUAUUCUUAAAUCAAGAGACUUUUUGUCAAGAAAGGUGACGAAAGAUAUUACGUUUUGUUUUAUGAAAGAAAAUAUAAGAAUUAAGUAAGUUAAAAAAACUCUGCCAAUAGGGUGAGAAAAAUUUGGAUAAUUAGAAUAAAUAGGUACCUGAGAAAAAAGUUAAUGUGAGUUUAAGUUUGUUUUUCACCCCAUUGACAGAUUGUUUUGCUAGUUUAUAAAAAAUGCUUUUGUCUUUUCCUUAAAAUAUGUACAACAAUAACUGCUGUAUUGCUUAAAGUGAAUAUGAACUUGUUUUCAUUGCAGUAUUUUAGGUCUGAAAACAUUUGGACCUGUUUUUUCCAGUGUUCAUUUUUUUGUAAAUGAAUGCAAAUUUAAAUUUGGAAGAAAUGUUGUUAGUAGUUCACAGAAUAAAACUGGAAUGAACAUUUUACCUAAAAACAGACCUAUAAAUAGUGCAUUUUCAUAACUGAAAAAUGGGUCUCCGAAAUGUUCUCUUGUGGCUGUAUAUUGGUGGAUCUCUAAUGUAUAAAUUAAGCUGUUGGGUACAAAUUGGUCAUUUGAUUUCAACACAAGUAAAGUAUGUGAAUUAACCUGCAAUUUUAUGCUUUAAACAGAGAUAGCGAUAUAGGCAAAAGUUAUGGAUUGCAGGACCCCGAUUGAACUGUACACCAGUCAGACAGUGCAGGUUAAAGUUAUAAAAUUGGUCUUUGUACACGGUUUAACCAUGCAGAUCAGAUUUAUUUAACGAAUCUUGUCCAAAAGAUCACAGCAUGUGUUGAGCCCCAUGCGGCGAUUUCCUGACGCAAGAAUAUAUCAUCCCAAAAAUAACAACGCUUUGUUAAACAUUUUGGCCGAAAACAUCAUAUGAUUGUAUUCAGUGUUUUCUUUCUUCCAAAUGUGUUUUAGUAUAAAUAUCCAGCCAGUUGCGAUAAUUACAAAUCAUACCUUCAAGGGCCUUGUUUACAAGUUGAAUUAGCACUUGCUAAAUAGUUCACAUAUGCGGUUUCAUAGUGUGAACAAAUGAAUGGAUAGUGCGUCGGACGACUGAUUAAACGCUUCAGAUUCAACAAACAAACUCCUGGUUCAUGGUUGCGAUUAAUAGACUCAUACAUUUUAGAACAAAAGGGCGAUAUUCAAAGAGAAACCAAUAUGUGUUAUCGGGUACUAUUAAAUUCCUCAUGUUUUAGUUGGUCACACACAUAUAUUGAGCCUUUGCAGACUCAUGCAAAGUAAUGUCAAUUGAUUGAUUAAGAGCUAAUGGGCUAUUUGUUUCUGCGGCUACAAACCUUACAAUGAUAAAUUGCAAUAAAACGAUAAAUUGUUGUAGUCCUUCUCACUUAACAUAAUUGAAUUCCAGCAAUGCUGUGGGGUAUUUAAUGAGCAUAAAACAAAUGAAAUAAAGCAAUGUUAAGCAGUCAGUGUUGGCAAGGAAAGCACAUCUGAAGAGCGAGGGGUCUAGACUCUAGAGAGAGAACUUUAAUAGAGUCCCGUGAGCCAGACGGAAUGAACACCAGAGAUUAACUUCAUUGUGUCAAAUUACUCUUGAACGAAUUUAACACCUUAUUCUAAUGAAAGCAAGCCAUGUUCACACAACUUGAAUGAGCUUAUUGAUUCUUACUUUCCUUAUACGGGUUGAUUGUAAUGUAGGAUUUGAUUUGUCUACAUUCAGUAGCCACAUUAAAGUCUGAGAGAUCUUAGAAGGCGCCUUGCCUAAUGCCAUACGGCCUUGGGUUUCUUUCAGACUUCAUAAACCCACUUUCAUUAAAGAAAGUUAGGACAAGCAAUACGGAUAGGAGCCCACGAUCAUAUUCUUUUAAAGCAUGUAACGUCUUAUACCUGUAUGUUUAGUGAAAUAGGACAGUCCUUUUUAGAUUAGGGGGUUAUUCAAAGAACUUUGGUUUGAACAAUAUUAUUAAUUUACUUUGUGUACUUCUGAUUUUGGGGAGAUUUUAUGAUCACGGGUUAAGAUUUAUUAGUUUUGUGUUGGCAUCUCCUUCCAAGACCCCAAAAGAUAACCACAAAUUACUGUUUUGAAAUCUAUUCAGUGUGUACGGGUAGAGUUGAAAGAGGUUAAAGAGACCACAAGAGCAUAUGUGAAAACAAGUGUGAGAACCCACACAGCUCUUUCUGUAAUUUCACCUGCACACAAGUUCAUCCCGUCAUUGCACAAUCUCAUGGAAUCCAGCGUAUCUGCCAUAAGACCGAGCAUUUCUGUGGGGGCUGGCCACACAGGCAUGUGCGACAACGAACAUGCAACGUUCUGGAAACGUUCCGAGGUCACACAUGGCAACACCUCUCACUUGAUAUUAUUGCUGAAUAUUAUACACUCUGUCUUUGAAAACGAGAGAAUAAAACCAAUUUGUUACAAUAA